UGAAGAGAAUAUCACGGAGCGACUGCGUUUAUUUAUAGAUUACAUCAUCAAGAUUCCAAAACCCAUAAAGAUAAAGUCGUCGUCUUCCAUUAACACAUAGAGAUUACAGACGAAAGGGAUGUUAGAUAUAAUCUUAUGGGUAUUAUCCUUCUUCAUCCUCUUAGCUGUCAUGGCCCUUGUUCUUUACCAGAUAAUGUGCUUUUUAGACUUGGAGAUCGAUUAUAUCAACCCAUACGAGUUAACAACUAAGAUAAACAACAUUACGUUGCCAGAGUUUAUUACUCAAGGGGCGUUAUGCUUUCUACAUCUUGUCGCACGGCAUUGGAUGAUGUUCUUCUUGUGCCUACCGUAUUUAUAUUAUAAUGUGAACCUGUAUAUUCAUAGACGCCAUCUAGUGUAUGCAACCGAAGUGUUCAGCGAGCUGUCAAGGGAAAAGAAACAGCGAAUAUUCAAACUUGUUUAUCUUGCUGUCCUUCUCUUCUUCUCACUAUUUUGGAUGAUUUGGAGCAUCGUGGAUGAUUACGAGGAUGAUGAUUAAGAGAACGGAAACUUCCAGUUGAUUAAUUCCAACUGACGGAUGAACCCUACAGAUUCUUAUGAUUCUCCCAGGAACUAUUCGGUCAUAUUCAUGUUUCGAUAGAUCUCAAAUUGUUCAAGAACGUUUUCGUGUACUGUACAUGCAUCUGUAUAUUUAUUUUGGUAAGAUAUAGAUUUUAACUAGAUUUUACUCUCUUAAAUGUUGGAUGACAAGUAUUGGAAGAACAGUUGGUAGUUGGAA